AUGCUCAAAACGAUGGACACGCGACAGGUUGCAGUUUCAUGCCCGGACAUGCAACAGACAGAGACAGCUACACAGGCAGCCCAAGAAGAAGCACUUUUACCGAAAAGAGGGGGUACAUCUGUGAUUUGGUUACAUUUUGGGUUCAACAGCACUGACACAGAGCAGAAGACGCCCAUUUGCAAGCUAUGCUAUAAAACUAUUCCCGCGCCCGAUGGCAACACAACAAAUCUCUUCUAUCACCUACAGAAGGCCCACGAAAAAGAAUACUCAAGAAUCCAGAAAAUCCGAGCUAAACCAAGCUGUGGAACAACGGGAGCAAUUUGGGAAAAGAAAAACUAUAGCCAGCCGAAGAUACAGCAGUCUUUCGCACAAGGGACGCCGUAUGAGAAAACGUCCCAGCGCCAUAAACAAAUCACAGAAGCCAUCUCGCGUUACAUUUGUAAAGGCAUGGCCCCUGUUUACGUAGUUGAGAAGGACAGCUUUCGUGACCUCGUCAAAGUCCUUGAUCCGAGGUACGUCAUGCCCGGUCGUAAGCACUUCAGUAAAGUUGAGUUGCCUCGCUUAUAUGACGCAUGCCGGGCCAAAGUAGAGAAGGAUGUUUGCAGUGUCAUGCAUUAUGCCUUGACUACCGACCUAUGGACGAGCAGAGAUACGCAGCCCUACAUGAGCGUAACCAUCCAUUUCAUCAACAAAGACUGGACCCUCUGCGCUCGCUGUUUACAGACUGCGUACUUUCCAGAAGACCACACUGGAGGCAUGUUAGCCCAAGGUCUGAGAGAUACACUGGAGUCAUGGGGAUUGCAAGAAUGCCACCUUGUCUGUGUCACCACGGAUAACGCCACUAACAACAUCUCUGCAAUGGAACUGAACCAGUGGGAACGGCUACAAUGCUUUGGUCACCGCCUACAGCUAGCCAUUGGUUAGUGUAAAACAAUCUAAAAAUGGCUUAGUGUAAUAUUGUGUUGAGAGUAAUAUAGUAGCAACAAAAAUAUUAGUAAAUCUAAAUUAGAUCAGCCCAUGUA